GUAUUUUUUUUUUGUUACCAAGAUAGACUUAAGGCAUUUGGUUCGUGUUUAUCACCUCUAUGGCUAACGAAUUUCUAACUACCAUUCAAAUUGGAGUGCACUGAAACUGAAGUCUGAUAAUGGCUUCUGUGUCGCCACCCACUCUCUCAUUCCAUCACAAACUCCCCAUUCAACACAGAAGCAGUUGGACAUGGAACCGCAACAAAAACAACAACCAUUUUCCUUCAUUUAAGGUUCCAAAAUCUUCUCUUUCUCCCCCAACAACACGCAAAGUUCAUGAUCAUUCACGCGCCAAAAUAAACCACCCACACCAACCCUUUCUCCAACGCUUACACAAUCUCUGCGACGCCGGGAACCUCAACGAAGCCCUCAACUUGCUCCACUCGCAGACCCAAAACGGCGUCGUUUCCUCUUCAGACGUUACAAAAGAAGCCAUUGGACUCUUACUACGAGCCUCUGCGCUCCACAAGGACAUCGAUGUCGGGCGAAAGCUCCACGCUAUGGUUUCGGCGUCGCAUCGGUUCCGCAACGACGUCGUUCUGAACACCCGCAUUAUUUCCAUGUUCUCUGCGUGUGGGUCCCCCUCGGACUCUCGCUCCGCCUUCGACGCCGCCAAGGAAAAGGACCUGUUCCUCUACAACGCGCUUCUCAGUAGCUACGCGCGAAACGCGCUUUUCCGCGACGCGAUUUCGCUGUUCCUUGACUUGCUCUACGCCACGGAGCUCGUGCCCGACAACUUCACGCUCCCCUGCGUGGUUAAAGCGUGCGCCGGCGUCGCGGACGCGGGACUCGGCGAAAUGGUUCACGCGCUAGCUUUGAAGUUUGGUCUUUUCUUUGACGUUUUUGUGGGGAACGCGCUUAUUGCCAUGUACGGGAAAUGUGGGCUCGUAGAGAGUGCCGUCAAGGUGUUUGAAACUAUGCCGGAGAGAAACUUGGUGACGUGGAACUCCAUGAUGUACGCGUAUUCUGAGAAUGGGGGUUUUGAGGAGUGUUACGGUGUUUUUAAGGGACUGUUAAGUGAGGAAGAAGGAUUGGUACCUGAUGUUGCUACGAUGGUGACGGUGAUUCCUGCGUGCGCCACUCUAGGUGAAGUGGGAAUGGGAAUGGUUCUUCAUGGUUUGGCUUUCAAACUUGGCAUUAGUGAGGAAAUGACGGUGAAUAAUUCCCUUGUGGAUAUGUAUUCGAAAUGCGGUUACUUGGGGGAGGCAAGAGUUUUGUUUGAUAUGAACGGUGGGAGGAAUGUUGUUUCUUGGAAUACCAUGAUUGGUGGAUACUCUAAGGAAGGAGAUUUUGGUGGAGUGUUUGGACUGCUGCGAAAGAUGCUGGUAGAAGACAAGGUGAAGGUGAAUGAGGUGACGGUGUUAAACGUUCUGCCAGCUUGUUCAGAUGAGCUGCUGACCUUGAAAGAACUUCAUGGUUAUGCUCUCAGGCGUGGAUUUCAGAUUGAUGAAUUGGUAGCCAAUGCUUUUGUUGCUUCCUAUGCGAAGUGCGGUUUGCUGGAUUGUGCUGAGCGUGUCUUCUGUGGUAUGGAAGAGAAAACGGUGAGCUCUUGGAAUGCCCUGAUUGGUGCCCACGCCCAAAAUGGCCUUCCCAGAAAGGCUUUAGAUUUGUAUCUUGUGAUGAGGGAUUCUGGGUUGAAUCCUGAUAGGUUUACUAUUGGUAGCCUUCUUUUAGCUUGUGCGCACUUGAAAUUCCUUAGCUGUGGCAAAGAGAUUCAUGGUUUUAUGAUGCGUAAUGGUUUAGAAUUGGAUAAAUUUCUUGGAAUAUCGUUGUUGUCACUUUAUAUUCAAUGUGGCAGUAUAUUACGAGCAAAGUUAAUUUUUGAUAAGAUGGGAAACAAGAGUUUAGUAUGCUGGAAUGCCAUGAUUUCUGGAUUUUCACAGAAUGAACUUCCUUGUGAGGCCCUUGAUACAUUUCAACAAAUGCUCUUAAGUGGGAUUGAGCCACAAGAGAUUGCUGUAAUGAGUGUUCUGGGCGCUUGUUCACAGGUUUCAUCAUUGCGGCUUGGGAAAGAAGUUCACUCCUUUGCACUGAAAGCUCAUUUAUCUGACAAUACCUUUGUUAUUUGUGCAUUGAUUGACAUGUAUGCUAAAUGUGGAAGUAUGGAACAUUCUCGGAACAUUUUUGAUAGGGUAGAUAACAAGGAUGAAGCAGUAUGGAAUGUUAUGAUUGCAGGAUAUGGGAUUCAUGGGCAUGGCCUGAAGGCCAUUGAGCUGUUUGAAUUAAUGCAAAAUAAUGGAUGCAGGCCAGAUUCUUUUACUUUUCUUGGAGUGUUAAUGGCCUGCAACCAUGCUGGGAUAGUAACAGAAGGAUUGAAAUAUCUUGGUCAGAUGCAGAGUUUGUAUGGUGUAAAGCCAAAGUUAGAACAUUACGCAUGCGUGAUCGAUAUGCUUGGUCGAGCAGGGCAAUUGAAAGAAGCUUUAGAGUUGGUAAAUGAGAUGCCAGAUGAACCAGAUUCAGGUAUAUGGAGUUCAUUGCUCAGUUCCUGUAGGAAUUAUGGGGAUUUGGAUAUUGGAGAGGAAGUUUCCAAAAAGCUAUUAGAAUUGGAACCAUAUAAAGUUGAGAAUUAUGUAUUGCUAUCAAACUUGUAUGCUGGAUUAGGAAAAUGGGAUGAGGUGAGAAAGGUACGGCAGAGAAUGAAGGAGAUUGGUCUUCAUAAAGACGCAGGCUGCAGUUGGAUUGAAAUAGGAGGAAAGGUUUAUAGAUUUAUUGUCAGUGAUGGAUCACUUUCGGAAUCAAAGAAGAUUCAGCAGACUUGGAAUAAAUUGGAGAAAAAAAUAAGCAAAAUUGGCUAUAAACCCGACACAAGUUGUGUGCUUCAUGAAUUGGAAGAAGAGGAAAAGAUUAAGAUACUGAAGAACCAUAGCGAGAAGCUUGCAAUUUCUUUUGGUCUAUUAAAUACGGCUAAAGGUACAACAUUGAGGGUUUGCAAAAAUUUACGCAUAUGUGUAGACUGUCACAAUGCAAUCAAAUUAGUAUCAAAAGUUGUUGGAAGGGAUAUUGUUGUAAGGGAUAACAAGCGGUUUCAUCAUUUCAAAAACGGAUUUUGUACCUGUGGAGAUUACUGGUAGUUGGGGCACUACAUUGUUAGUCUUUACAUAUGCGUAAAGACUAAUAUUUUUUUAUUGAGUGAAGAACUUCAUUAAGCAUCAAUGGAGUUAUGAAGAACUGCUUCUGUUUAUCUUCCUUAUUAUACAGUAUAUAUGUUCAAUCCAAUUCUUUGCACCAUUUCUGACGGGAAAGAUGAGUCAUGCAGGAUUCGUACCUUGUCUAUGACUUGUAAACCACUACCUUCAUCGUAGAAGUGGACUUUUUUUUUCCACUGCAAAUACAACUGUAUAGCACACUGUAAUUUAUUGUGAAAUAUAUGUUCAAGAGGAUCACCUUGGAAAGGAAAAAGAAGAAUUUCGAAUGCAAAUGCAAUCAGAUUAGGAGUACAUUUUGUAUUCAUAAUGAGAGAAAGUAAAUAGAAACAUUCUUUGGCAAGUUUUCUAUUUUUCUUAAAUAGCGGAGUACCCUUUUUCC